AUGUCAUCGGUCUUCAAUCAUGUUCCGAGCCGCUCGGGGGCCUCUCUGAGAACGGCGCAUUUGAUCAACAACCGUCCAUGGCCAAAGGAUUACUCCUCCAAAGUUUUUUCGCGUCCUACACACAAAACGAAGUGGCCUCGCAAUGGCUUCCUGGAUCCUGCGGGUCUUUUCCGGGAAUACAGUUAUACCAGCACUGCCGCCCCUGGAGAGCAUGAACGGCCGAUUGAUGCAAAUGGCGAGGAAGACCGUUGGCAUGACUUCUGGAGCAGGGUCCGAAAUCAGUCUCAAUUGAGCCAAUCGUUUUUACCUCCCGCGCCGAAUCAUCUAUGCGGACGUAAGGAAAGCUCUUGCGAAUCGGACAAAUCACCGUCAAUUGUCAAUGAACAUUCAAGCGAGCACGAGGCAACUUUGACAGGAUACUCUGAAAAUAAAGCGAAGCCUUCUCGAAAUGCCGCGAAAGUGAAGAGGACACAAUCUUCUCCUCUGACCCCUACGCAGUAUCUACUCGAUAUUCUUCAUAAAUCUGCACACAGUGCCGAAGAUGAACUCGGUCAGAUGCAGCCUUUGAAUCUCAUUGUUAAUGGUCAUGGGAAACGGCAGAGAGAAACACUUCGCAAACACCCGAGAUUAUCGUUGCAGACCAUUCUUGCGGAUUGGAUACGGUUUGUGGAUCCGAUCAUGGGCCGGGAACAUGGAGCACAUUAUGAUACCGAAGCGACACCGGAGCUAGAUGCCGUAUUGCGACGGACCUUCCCUCCAAAAGUCAUGGAGUAUCUGACGGCACGUCAUUGCAGCCCCAGCGAUGUGCUGCUUUGGUCAUGGAUUCUCAGGAGCAACACCUCUCACGAAGCUACUCUCCGAAUUUUGAUGCUUGAGUCUGCUGAGGAAGUCAGACUCGGUUCCAGACGUCGGCUCAUACCUCCGUUCAUUCCCCUACUUCUCCUGCGGAGAAAAAAUCUCGACGCGAAGACUUUUCGCUUGCUUCUAGUUUAUUCCCUGCACAUCAUCACUGGCCGACGAAUUCCGACUUUCGACAUCUCCAAGCGCGCACAAUACACUAACCAGGAGCUCGAGGACUGCCUCGACCAACAACAGACCGAACUCCUCAUCGAUCCUACUACGUGUUUCGCGUUCGUUACUCGUCUGCUCCGUCAUGCUCGGGAAGUAUGGCCACAGGCCCAGCUCACCAUCGCGCGUGCCUUCGCAUCCUAUCUGACUCUGCUAAGAAACAGCCAAGGAAUUUCAGAGAGCUCCAGACAUCGGAGGAAUCAGUUCAUGGCUGACAAGUUCAACGCAUGUCUCUGGCUGCUCUCGUUACCUUGCAAAGCGGGUCCUUUCAAGUUCGUUUCGGUACAGCAACAGGCUCAAUUCGAACUUCUCAAGGCUAUGGCUGGACACGAUCCAGUCCUUCCGGUCACACGGCAAGGCUAUCAAGGCAUCAUUGCUGUGCAAUUGGCCCACAAGAAGACCUCCGCCGAACGGCAAUCGGCAGACCUGAAGGCACCAUCAUGGCCACCGUGGAAGGAAGAAAAGCUUGGGAUCGACUCUCAACGAGGGAACGAAGGAAUGAAGAGUCGCGCUAUGCGCGUGAUGGCUCAAAUGAGAGAGGCAGGCUACUCUCACACUCGCUGGGAAGAGGUUUCUGGCAUCUUGGCAGGCUGGGACACGGACAAAAGCCCGACGGUUCAAACUAGGGCCUUGAUGCGUCGGCCGCAACUGCUUCGUGGGCCUGCUGGAAGCAAGCCUGAUCAUCAUGCAGUCUGGGUGGCCCGAAUCCGCGCCACGCGCACGGUGCGGGAAGCUUGGGCCUGCUUUCUGUCAUAUCAAGACCAAGGCCUACCUCCACGAGCGAGUGUCUAUGUCGCCAUGGCCGAGAAAUUGAUUUUCCGGAGAAAAGCAAUCGAUAAUGACUUCGACCAUGUCAGUCAUUCCCUACCAGGCGAUGGCCUGGAAGUUUUCCCGGAACCUUCCUCCGCCCGCGAUUUGAUUUACGUACACACGGAGCCUCCUACCCUGGAAGAGCUUCUCAAACAGAUGCUUUCCCAAGGUAUUCGUCCAUCCGGGAGAUUUUUGGCUUUGCUUCUGCGAUCUGCGCCGACGUUCAAUCGCGGAUUGGAUUAUCUCAGUUGCAGUGACUUGUCGAACGAACAAAUCCAAGCUUUGUGCACUGUACGGGAACGUACAUCGGACUAUGAUGCGUUGGAUUCGAAGGUUUUGAACGAACUGCCGGACUAUCUCUUCUCGUCUUUCAUAGCCUUGCUUUGCAACUUUUCGAGUCUUGACUCCUUGCACCUGGAACGGCACGAUAUACGCACUGCAGAUCUCUUCCCAAUUAUCAUGGGUAAUAUUCAUCCGAAACCGCCGAAAACCUCGACGUUGUAUUCCAAUCUUCAUGCUUCAGGAGCAAGCGGUACCUUGCAGCCUCCCAAAACCUUGUCGCAUGCGAUUCAGUUGUUGAAAGUUCGAAAGUCCGGUUUCACCCCUUCGUGGAUUCAUCUCUUGACAGCGCUGAGCAAGGAUCGCAUUAGAACGCCAUAUCGAAGGAUGAGCCGCAGUGCACAACGGGUGCUUGCUUGGUAUGAGAUGGUCGAGGUCGUCGGUUGGAUGAAAGAGCGUGCAAUCGAGCCUGGUCUGCAGGGGCAUCAGGUCCUUUGUGCCAGCUUCUCAAAGGCUGUGAUUGCAGGUUUGAAACAUCCAAGCGCCGCAGAAGAGGGCCUGGCAAUUGUUCAUGAAGCAGCACGGCGAGGAAAUAUCAAACACUCCACGGUACUGCGUCCCCAGUUUGAGGACAUGGUUCGGAGUGGACUUUGCAUUCUCAAGGAACACUUCGACCAGCUUGUCCUUUCGGAUCCGAAAACUGCCCCUUUCGGUGAGCGUCUGGUAGCCACUUGCGAGAGUGCUACGAGUCCCCCGGUGGCUAUUCCUCCUAUGCUUCACGUGCCUUCUCCUGCCGUUUUACACGCAUUCGUCAGAGCGCUAGGGCUGGCUGGGGAUCAUGACGGCCUGCUGAAACUGAUUCGGUGGAUGAGCCAGAAUGCUGCCACCCUCAAAGAGACGUCCGAUGAGCAUAUGAACGGAGAUCGCAUGAUGCGGCGUACUCUGGUUGCACUACGUGUGUUUCUCGAAGGAUACAGAGGGAAACGACCUUGGGGCCCAUCGGACGACUUGCCGUCGGUGUCAAUGUCCGAGGGAGAAAAAGAACCAUCUCUUUCCAACGAUGUCUCAAAUUCAGACGGGAUCAUGUCCGAUUCGAAGCUGCAAGAGGCAUAUGAUAUCGUCGCGGCGACUCCGCUGUGGGAUUCCUGGCCAAGCGAUGAUGAGGUCUGGGAGUAUUUACACUGGGAACCUUAG